AUGAAGACCACCGGAUCUAUCAUGGCCCUUGCCGGCCUCGUCUCCAUGGCCCACGGCCACGGUUUCGUCACCAGCCCUAAGCCCCGUAUGCCCGGCUCUGCCAUGGAGUCUGCUUGCGGUCAGCAGGUCAAGACCAACCAGGAGGCCGACAACUACGGCAACAUCCAGGGUGAGCUCCAGGUCGCCAGCGGCCAGGACGACUACGAUGACGCCAAGUGUGACAUCUGGCUCUGCAAGGGUUACAAGUUCGCCGACAACAAGGACAACAUCUACUCCUACAAGGCCGGCCAGAAGAUCGACUUCGAGGUCGACAUCCGCGCCCCUCACACCGGUGUUGCCAACGUCUCCGUCGUCGACACUUCCUCCCACUCCGUCAUCGGCAGCCCCCUGAAGUCCUGGGACGAGUACGCCUCCACCUCCACCGGUGUCAAGGACACCGAGACCAGCUUCAGCAUCACUAUGCCCGAUGACCUCGGUGACAAGUGUACCGAGGCCGGCGCCUGUGUGCUCCAGUGGUACUGGUUCGCCGAGUCCAUCGACCAGACCUACGAGUCCUGCGUUGACUUCACUCUCGGCGGCUCCGGCUCCGGCUCUGGCUCCUCCGGCUCCGGCUCCUCCAGCUCUGCUGCCUCCGGCGCUGCCUCCACCACCGCCCCCGUUGCCAUCACCACCACCCCCAGCACCGGCAACCAGGUCGUCUCCAGCGCUGCCCCUACCACCCUGGCCACCAGCGCCAAGCAGGCCGCCACCACCGAGGCUGCCCCCGCUGCCUCCACCACCGCUGCUGCCUCCGACUCCUCCGUCACCGGCAUCCCCAAGGACGGUUCCGCCGAGGAGCAGCUCACCUUCGUGGCCAGCCUCUUCAAGAGCCUGCUCGAGUACGCCAACUAG